AUGGUCAACCCCACCGUGUUCUUCGAUAUCGCCAUCAAUGGCGAGCCCUUGGGCUGUGUCUCGUUCGAGCUGUUUGCAGACAAAGUUCCAAUGACAGCAGAAAACUUUCAUGCUCUGAGCACCGGGGAGAAAGGCUUUGGUUAUAAAGGUUCCUGCUUUCACAGAAUAAUUCUGGGAUUUAUGUGCCAGGGUGGUGACUUCACACGCCAUAAUGGCACUGGUGGCAAGUCCAUCUGUGGGGAGAAAUUUUGUGAGAAUUUCCUCCUGAAGCAUACGGGUCCUAGCAUCUUGUCCAUGGCAAAUGCUGGCCCCAAUACAAAUGGUUCCCAGUUUUUCAUCCACGCUACUAAGACUGAGUGGUUGGAUGGCAAGCAUGUGGUCUCUGGCAAGGUGAAAGAGGGCAUGAAUACUGUGAAAGCCAUGGAGCGCUUUGGGUCCAGGAACAGCAAGACCAGCAAGAAGAUCACCAUUGCUGACUGUGGACAAAUCUAAACAAUUUGACCUGUGUUUUAUAUUAACCACCAGACCAUUCCUUCUGUAGCUCAGGAGAGGACCCCAUCACCCCCAUCUGCUCGAAAUAUCCUAUCAUCUUUGUGCUCUCACCCAGUUCUUUGGGUUCCAUAUUUUUCUUACUCCCCUCCAAGUUUAGCUGAAUUGAAAAGUUGUUUAUGAUUAUGAAAUAAAAGCUAAACAAUAACAAAAAAAAAAGAAGAAAUGCUCCUAGUGCUCUUAUUACUUAGGAAAUUACAAGGGCUUUCGGAGCUCUGUGCAGGGAACUGAGGGCACAGACCAAUAUAUAUUUUUUCUGUUAUCUUCCAGCAGACCUCACCUGGAGAAACACAGAUGUGGACUUUCUUGGGUUUUGGUGGGGAACGUAGUUCAAGUUGGUCAAUGAACUAAA